CACCAUAAUAAUAAUAAUGCAGAAAAUACAAGAAGACGCUAUUGUUCACUUGUUUAGUACACGAGAGGAAACAAUUUUGUUUUAAAAAAGUUAAUUGUGAUAUUUGAUAAAAUAAGAUGCCGUACGCUAAUCAGCCAUCCGUUCAUAUCUCAGAUUUAACUGAGGAAAAUGUUAAAUUUCAAGUCGAAGAUACGGAAUUAAGUGUUGCAAAUAGUAUGAGGCGUGUCUUUAUCGCUGAAACUCCGACUAUGGCCAUCGAUUGGAUACAACUGGAAGCCAAUUCUACUGUUUUAAGCGAUGAAUUCUUAGCACACAGGAUUGGAAUGAUACCUUUGAUCAGUGAUGAUGUGGUUGACAGAAUACAGUAUACAAGAGAUUGUCAAUGCAUGGAUUUUUGUCCAGAAUGUAGUGUAGAAUUUACUUUAGAUGUUAAAUGUAUCGAAGAUCAAACCAGGCAUGUAACCACUGCGGAUUUUAAAUCAAGUGAUCCUAGAGUAUUGCCUGUUACUUCUAGACAUCGGGAAGAUGAUGCAAGCGAAUAUGGAGAGACAGAUGAGAUAUUGAUAGUAAAGCUAAGAAAAGGACAAGAAUUAAAACUUAGAGCAUAUGCAAAGAAAGGUUUUGGAAAGGAACAUGCAAAAUGGAAUCCAACUGCAGGUGUAAGUUUUGAAUAUGAUCCAGAUAAUUCUAUGAGGCAUACUUUAUUUCCUAAACCAGAUGAAUGGCCCAAGUCAGAAUAUAGUGAAUUAGAAGAGGAUCAAUAUGAAGCACCAUUUAAUUGGGAAGCCAAACCAAAUAAGUAUUAUUUUAAUGUGGAAAGCAGUGGCGCCUUAAAACCUGAAAAUAUUGUCAUGAUGGGAAUUGCAGCAUUGAAAAAUAAAUUGUCGAAUUUGCAGACACAAUUGAGCCAUGAAGUCCAAAGCGAUGCAUUAAGCAUUCAUCAUUAGAUUUUAGUUUAUAUUUAUAUGUAAGAUCAAAUGUAUCUUAUGUAUUUUAUGAAAUAAAGCAAAAAAAAAUUUUA